AUGUCAAUAAAUUCAGAAAAUGAAAUAUCAAAUUUGGAAAAAGAGAAUAACGAAAUGUCAGUAAAAGGUAAUGAAAAUGAUGAGGGUCAGGGAAGUGCUGAUAACAAUGAAAAUGAUGAUAAAAGCGAAAAAAUAUAUUUUGAAAAAAAACAUAAAGAACUUAAAGAAAAAUUAAAAAUGCUAAAGGUAAAUAGCAACAGUAUGAGCAAUAUUAGUAUGGAUAAUAAUGACAAUAAUAAUGAUAAUGAAAAAUGUGACUCAGAUAAAAAGGAAGAAAAUUCAUCCACACCAAAAGGGGAAAUGACUCCAGAAAGAAAAGAGAGGGAAAAAAAAUAUAUAGAACUUAAAAAAAAAUUAGAUCUUUUAAAAUUAAAAAAAAAAUUAGAAAAAUUAAAAAGGGAAAACGAAUUAGAUAAUUAUGAAAAACAACAAAAAAAAGACGAAUAUAACCAUAGUAGAGAUAGUAAUAGUAGUGAUUAUACACAACAAAAAAAAUACAAAAAAAAAAGACGGAGUAAUACAAAUGAAAAUAGUGAUGACUAUUAUGACAAAAAUAAAUAUGAUGAUAAUAAUAGAAGAAGGCAUGAAAAAUAUCGAAAAGCAUCGACGAAAUCUUCAUAUGGUUCAUCAUCUAUAAGUAAUGAUAAAAUUUUAAGUAAAAAAAGAAGAGAAAACUCACCAAAUAAUAAUUAUUUUAGGAAAAAAGACAAACCCCAUAGAAAAAGAACCCGUACUCAAAGAAGAUCCUGUAGCCAUAGCAACAGGAAAUGGAUAAAAGAUAAACGAAGAAGCAUAUCCAGUAAUAGCAGUGGAGAAAACAAAUGGAGAAUUCGGGGAAUUAGCAAAAAUAGAAAAAAUGGAAGGAAAAAUUAUGAUAAUAUCAAAGGGUAUGAUAAUCGCCGAAGUUAUAAUAAACACAAACGUCCCGAAUCACGGUAUUAUAGUAGCGAUAGUGAUAUUCACAAAAAUAAAAGAAAUUAUAUUUCUAGAGAAAAUAAAAAACGUGAUUUAUAUGAUGAUAGAAAUUCAAAUUAUAAAAGAGGAGAAAUGAGUAACCAUAAAUAUUUAUAUAAUAAAAAAACUGGAGAAAAAAUUGAAAAAAAAUAUGAUCGUGUUGUUCUGGGGCAUUAUGCAGAUAAAGAGAGUUGGAAUCAUUAUACUAAUUGGCUACAAAAAAAAAAUGAUUACAGAUUUAAUUUGCCUUUUGAUCAACAUAAAAUAUAUAGACGAUCGCAGUCUCUAUCUCCAACAACAUGGGAAAAUAUUUUGAAAAAUUCCGAGAGUAAAGAUAGCGAUCAAAAUGAAAAAAAAAAGGACAAAAAAAAAAAAAAAAAAAAAAAGUAUAGCUCCGAAACGGAACAUUCAGAAAAUUCCAAACUUGAUCAUUCCGAAUUGAGCUCAUAUAGUGAAUAUUCUUCUAAAAAGGAAAAAAAAAAAAAAAAAAAAAAAAAAACUACCGAAUUGGCAUACAGUGAUUAUGAAGAAAUGGAUAAAAAAUAUAAAAGUAAAAAAAGUGUAGAAAAAUAUAGCAAUUCUAUUGACGAAGAGUACAAAAAAGAAAAAAAACACGAUAAAAAAAAAAAAAAAAAAAAGAGAGAAAGAGAACAGAGUGAAUCGAAAAGCAAAAAAUAUGAGAAGCAUAAAAAGGACAAAAAUAAAAAAAAUAAACGUAAAAAAAAGUAUGACGAUUCAGAUGAAGAUAUAAAAAAAUCAAAUACAACCUCAGCCACAUCCUUGUCUUUUCUAUGUGAAGGAUAUGACUCACUAAAUGAAAAAUUGUACAAGUACGAUUCUUCUAAUUCUAUUGAAAAACAUAAGGACAUGAAAAAAAAAAAUAUAAAAAAUAAUAAAAAAGAAGAAGAAUAUAAGAAACAUCAAGAAAGUAAACAAAGUGAACAGUUUGAAAAAGAAGAGUUCAAAGAUAAAGAAAAUGAGAAUGAAGCAACUGAUGAUGAUACAGAUAGUAUAGGACCAAAGCCUCUCGAUAUAAAUGUAAAAUUAGCAAAUAAACAAAUGGAUUAUGGUGGAGCUAUGAUGCCAGGGGAAGGUAAAGCAAUAGCACAGUUUAUUCAAAAAGGUAAAAGAAUACCAAGACGUGGUGAAGUUGGAUUAUCCGCUGAAGCUAUAGAAAAUUUUGAAAAUAUUGGAUAUGUUAUGAGCGGAUCAAGGCAUAAACGAAUGAAUGCAAUACGUAUGAGAAAAGAAAAUCAAGUUUAUAGUGCCGAAGAGCAAAGAGCCUUAGCUAUGUUUAAUUAUGAAGAAAGGGCAAAUAGGGAAAAUGCAUUAAUAACAGAUUUAAAGGAAAUUUUAAGAAAACAAAAUGAAACUAUAUUAAAUGACGAAACAAAUGAUACCUAA